AUGAGCCAGAAGCGCAUUGCUAAGGAGCUGGCUGAGCUCACAGAGUCGCCCCCAGAAGGCAUCACUGUCGAACUGGCCGAGGAAGCCAACCUGUACGAGUGGAAGGUAUACAUGGAUGGACCCGAAGGGUCACCAUACCAAAAAGGAAAAUUCUUGGUCAAGCUCUCUCUGCCAACCGGAUACCCUUUCAAGCCCCCCACCGUCUCCUUUGCAACAAGGAUCUACCACCCAAACAUCACAAACGACGAAAAAGGAAGCAUGUGCUUGGGCAUGCUAAGAGCCGACGAGUGGAAACCCAGCUCAAAGAUCUCAGCCGUCUUGCAAUUUGCUCGUCAACUGCUAUCAGAGCCCAUGCCAGAUGAUGCUAUCGAGGGGAGAAUUGCCGAUCAAUACAACAACGACAAUACCCGGUACCGGGAGAUUGCGCGGGAGUGGACUCGCAAACAUGCUAUGGCGGAAUAA